UUAUUAUUUGCUAAAUUCAAAUGUGACAAGUUACGCGCUUGCAUAGAAUCGCACCGAAAAUAAUAAUAAGAAGAAGAAGUUGAAAUAGAAAAAAAACAGCGGAGUCAGAAUCAGUCAUCGCUCUACCAAACAAAGUGGUGUGUUUUGCGUGUGUGUGACAUUUUGUCUUGUUUUAUUUUCUAUAUCCUAUACAUAUAAAUAUAAUCGGUUGCAGUGCAGAAAGUGAUUCCUGGAACCAUCCAAGUGCACUUGUGUAAUGCAUUCAAUUGAGGUAUUCAACGAACGAGACCACAAUUUUAGUAUUCGACGAGCAUCAGAAUUUGAAGUACGCGACAACAAUAUUUCGAGUACCACAUGUGAACUGCAAGCACAUUUUUCGUCUACCUGUCGUUAGGAUCACAAGCAAAACGGUGAAAAUAAAGGCACACACGACGAAAUAGAUCAACCGAUUCGUACGUCGACAAUAACAACGUUAUGUGAUUUGGCGAAUAAACAGAUCCAUCGAUUUUCAAACCGUUUACGCACAACCAACAAAUAGUGAACGUCUGGCACUUUGUUUAUUCAACACUUUUUUUUGUAUUUUUCGUUAAGUGCCCGUCUCGUCGCAGAAUUCUCUCGAAACCAGUCUCUACUAUUUCCAGAGUUCUUUUUCUUUGUUUUGAAAUGUAAGAAAAAUAAACCUUUCGAAUUUUCCAACACAUUUUUUUCGAAACUGCACGUAAAGUCUAUUGGAUUUCAAUCAAACAUUCAAAUUGCACCGAUAUUUCAUCAAAUGCCUUAAAUUGAAAUUCGAACCAAGGAAAAGUGAGCGAAAAAGAAAUUUGUCAAAUAAUUUAUUUGAGGAACAUCGAUUGUACGAACAAAUUGAAUAAACAAGCAUUUAGCAAAAAAGCAAAAAGUGCACAGGUGCACGGAAACUUUCUCCGAAUAUCAACAAUACACCCACACAAAUUGGAAUCCUUUAAGUAUGGUUGGUCGUUGUUCGCAUUGCUGCAACCUCAUGAAUAAUCGAGUCGACGUUAGCGAUUUAGAAGUUGGAGCCCGGAUUCGGGUCGGCGAUAAUGAUUUGGCCACUAUAAAAUACAUCGGGAAGGUCGACGGUCACGCAGGCUUAUAUAUUGGCGUUGAAUGGGAUAAUCCAGAACGUGGCAAGCACAAUGGAACUGUUGAUGGUGUUAAGUACUUCGAAACUAGUUAUCCAACAUCUGGGUCAAUGAUACGACCUGGAAAAAUUGCUGAAUUUGAGAAUGUGCGUACGGCCAUCGAAUGUCGAUAUAUGUUUGAAGCGAUUUUGGAUAAUGAACUAUUGAAAGCCACUCAACGUCAACUUAAAGCAUCACUUUUUGAGUUUGUUAGCGACAAUAGGGUACAAGACAAAGAAAGUCAUCGCAAGGAAUUGACAACAGUUUCGCUUCCAAAUUCCAAUAUAAAUAGUGCUGGUGAUUUAUUGCCAUUUGCCAAUUUGCUUGUGCUUGAUUUGAGUGCAUCUCUCAUACCAACAUGGAAUGUUCUAGCCGAUAUUGUGAAGCAAUUGCCAAAAUUGGAGCACUUGGAUUUGACGCGAAACCGAUUGCGGCUACCAACCGAGGAGGAAAUAAUCGAGCUUGAAAAGUACUUCCGCCACUUGAAGAACAUAAAUUUGCGUCGAUGUAACUUACGACAAUGGUCGAAUGUCAUGCACAUUGCACGUCUAUGGCCAGAUAUUGAGCAAUUGUCAAUUGCAGAGAAUUCUAUAAGUUUCCUUCAACAGCCGGAUACCACGCAAAUUUUUCGCAAUUUGAAAUUUCUCGAUUUAAAGGGCAAUCCAUUGAAUUACUUUAAUGAAGUGGUUAAAUUGGGCAACAUUAAAACACUGCAAACGCUCUAUUGCAUUGCCACACACAUUGAAACGAUUCAAUUGCCCGAUUGCGCAUGGGAUGAAUAUUUGGAAAUUUUCCCAAACCUUGAAGAGUUGAAUUUGAACGAUAAUCAUUUAAUUAAUCAAGCAAUGAUAUUUAACGAAUUAGAUAAACUUCCAUCUCUUUCGAAUCUAUCGAUUACCAUAAGCGAUAACAUUGGCUAUGAGGAAACAUUCACGUGCGCAAUUGGCCAAAUCGGUAAAUUGACAAUAUUGAAUAAGAAAUUGAUAAACGCAGGCGAACGACGUGGUGCUGAAUAUGACAUAUGGAAACGGUACAGUGUUGAAUGGGUCCGAAGUAAGGAAAACAAUGAACUACGCGCAAAUCUAUUGAAGCGAUGCCGAGUUUAUCCAAAACUUAUCGAAAAAUAUGGCCAGCCGGAUGAUAUUGUAUCAAUUGCACCAAAAGUGUCGAAUUUUGUCACACUCAAACUAAUCAACGGGAACACACACCAGGCAACUAUUAAACGAAUCUCACGUAAUAUAACGGUCUUGACACUUCAACAAUUGGUUGCAAAAUUAUUGGGCGAUCAAAAAUCAAAUCAAAAGGCAGCGGUUUUGAAAUACGUUGACAAUGAAAAUAAUAUCGUCGUUGACAUGGAUAGUUUGAACAAAACAUUAGACUAUUAUUCGAUCCAAGAUGGAAACAGCGUGAUCGCUGAAUGGAAAUGAAUUCUAUACAAUGGAUUAAGUAAUCGCGGGGAAAAGACUUGUAACCUUUUUUGUGAUGUAUUUAAAUUCCUCAAUAAAAGAAAAACAAAAUAUUCGUUCAAUUAA